UUGAUAACAGGAAGGGGCGGUUGCUUGAAUGAGGGAGUUCAAGACAGUAUUGUAGAACCACAACUACUUACCAAAUAAUACCCACAAAUUAUCCAUCAAAUACUCCCGAUAUCUCCCCUUAUCCCCCUCAGUUCUCUUCUCAAGAUGUCGAAGACUAAGGAGAAGCAGUUAGGACUUCAUAAAGUGAUAAUGGUUGGAAGUGGUGGCGUUGGAAAGUCAGCGUUGACUUUACAGUUUAUGUACGAAGAGUUUGUAGAAGAUUACGAACCCACCAAAGCGGAUAGUUAUCGUAAGAAAGUCAUCUUAGAUGGCGAAGAAUGCCAGAUAGAUAUUCUCGAUACUGCAGGACAAGAAGACUAUGCAGCCAUUCGUGACAACUACUUUCGAAGUGGCGAAGGGUUUCUCUGUGUUUUCUCCAUAACUGAACAAGAAUCCUUCGCUGCAACGACUGAAUUUCGUGAGCAGAUCCUUCGAGUGAAAAGCGACGAUAACAUACCAUUUCUUUUAGUGGGGAAUAAAUGUGAUCUUACGGACAAACGGCAGGUGACGAGCGAAGAGGCAAUGGAGAAAGCUCAAGAGUGGGGUGUUCCUUAUGUCGAAACUUCAGCUAAAACUCGAGAAAACGUUGAUAAAGUGUUCUUCGAUUUAAUGCGAGAAAUCAAGUCAAGAAAGAUGGACGAAGGCUCAAAACCUACCGGAAAAAAGAAGAAAGGAAGGAUUCGAAGGAAGUGCUUAAUUUUAUGAUUUUGACUUGUACAUUGUAUACAGAAAGUUUAAUGUUGAUAUUCAAGUAUGGUCUGUUUGUUUUUCGUUGUGUGCCGUCAAAACACGAACACGAACAUGGCUAUGCUCGACCAUAAAAAUAUUAUCAAGCUUAGGUCUGUUUUAUUUAAUAAGAGCUUAAAUACAUCAAUAAUCUUUAGCCCUCAAACACCAAAGUUGAAGACAAAUUGUUCACAAGUUUGAGAACAACUAAACAUCAUUUUUUCUUUAGGAAAAAAUAAUAAAUCAUUAAUUUUUUACGAAAUUCUUCAGUUGUAAAAUCAAGGUUUUUGGUUGACUUGAUUAUUUUUGUUUUAUUAUUUCUUGGAGUCUAUGCUUCGAUCACUACAAAUGAUUCAGACCUCGAAGGAAGUUAUCAUUUUCCUUCUAGUUUCCUGGGUUGUCUGAGGUGAAAAUGUGAAAUUUCCUGUAAGAUAUUACAUCCCUUUUGUUUACACUGGUGUAUCUCUGCCAAAAUGUUGAUAACUGGGACAAUAAUUGUUAAUUUAGAAUAAAAACACCAAAGAUCAUAUGGUAUAAGGGAUGAAUUUGUUCUCGUCCCCAUUUUAUUACAUCUAUUCAUUAAUAAUGUACAAAAAACAUAUUUUGACACAACGUCAAAUGUCAAAGCUUCACAUGUCAAAGUUAAAAGUAUUUCCCACAUGCAUAAUUUCCGGAAAUACGCUGCAGAUAAACUUGAAGGGAUGUUGGAUUGCAAUCGAAAGUAUAUAGUAAGCUCAAUUUAUGCAGGUGUAAUGUUUUCUCAUUCCAGACCAAAUGUCAUUCCUUGAAAUGGUAGCUAUUUGAAUGACAGUUUGUCCAUGCUAAUGUAUCUAUUCAAGCCUUGCUAGUAAACAAAGGAAUAUCUUUUUUUCUAUGAUAGGAAAAGAUUAUAUAGAUGUACUUGUGAACUUUGGCACACUUUGUGAUGUUAUAAUUAAGAUGCCAAAAAACUUCAUAACAGGUAGGCAAAAAUCAUGGAAAUUAAAAGUGCAAUGGCCAGCCAUCAUAUUGUCACUUGACUGGCCGAAUGCCUCUUGUGGGCUGGUUCUACUGACCAGUCCAUGUCCAGAGUUUAUCAGCCAUGGAUUAUUUAUUUAUUUUUUAUUGUUUUGGAUUAUCUUAGUAUUAGAUAUUUGGUAAUUAAUGACAAUGAUAAUUAACCCAAACAAAUAGCAUCAUUAUGUGCACAUCUAUUGUGUCAUAUUUCUCGACAGUAAAGAGCUGAGUUUGUAAGAAAAGUUACAACUUGUACAAGACAGCAUUGCAUGUAAAUGAAGAUAUUAGAUAAACCAUUGCGAAUUUGACAUCUGUUAAAGUGUGACAUCCAGUGGCUAAGUUUAACUGCAAGUAAAUUUUGCUUAAUUUCAAUUUG